UUGUAAUUAAUCUAAUUGCAGAAGUUGUCAGCUGAGCUCCUAACGACUUCUAUUUCUGGGAGGGAAAAAAAAUUCAAGAACUUUAAACAAGAUGAUGAGCACAAAUACUUCUGCAGCAACUUCAACAUCCAAGAGGCUUCAAGGAAAGGUGGCUUUGAUAACUGGUGGAGCCAGUGGAAUAGGGAAGUGCAGUGCAAGGGUAUUCGUUAAACAAGGAGCCAAGGUCGUCAUUGCCGAUGUCCAAGAUGAGCUUGGCCUCUCUUUUUGCAAAGAAAUUGGAUCAGAAGAAACCAUCUCUUAUGUCCAUUGCAAUGUAACUUGUGAUUCUGAUAUCCAAAACGCUGUGGAUUUUGCCGUCUCCAAGUAUGGGAGUCUUGAUAUCAUGUUCAGCAACGCUGGAAUUUCCGGCAUCAUGGAUCCCAGGAUUUUAGCCACAGAAAUUGAAGAUUUCAAAAGGGUUUUUGAUGUCAAUGUGUUUGGUACUUUCUUGGCAGCCAAACAUGCAGCCAGGGUCAUGAUUCCUGCCAAGAAAGGCUGUAUUCUCUUUACAGCAAGUGUUACUUCAGUGACAUUUACGGAGGGUCCUCAUCCAUAUGUGACAUCAAAAUAUGCACUGCUUGCAAAGAACCUGUGUGUGGAGUUGGGCCAAUAUGGGAUCAGGGUGAAUUGUAUCUCGCCAUUUUUAGUUGUAACUCCAAUGAUGAGGAAAGCUACGGGGCUCAUGCAGAUGGAGAAGGAGAAGAUCCAGGCAGCGGUUUCUGCAUCAGCUAUCUUGAAAGAGGCUGUGUUGGAAGAGGAAGAUAUAGCAGAGGCAGCGGUGUAUCUGGGAAGUGAUGAGUGCAAGUAUGUGAGCAGGAUCAAUCUAGUGAUUGAUGGAGGUUUUAGUCUUGCCAAUCCCUCCUUUGCUAUGGCAAUGAAAAGCUUAAUUUCUUAAGGUGAUAGUCUCUUGGAUUUAAAUUAAUUAGAUGUAUCGUUUCUCUCAAAAAAAAAAAGCUUAUUUUUCUUACAAAUGAAUUUGUAUCUUAGAAGUUAAUAAUUUGAUUGAUGAUAGUGGUAUAGUAUUUAAAUGAAUUAUCUCAAUUUGGAUUGAACCGAAAUUAUACCAAAAUAAAAACUGAA